CAGACAAGGCGAACGGCGUCGGUCACGUCGUGGAUAGACCGCGACUCACGUGUCCGCUAGCGUGUUCGCCUUCGCCGCGUCCGUAUCAGUGAACCGCCAGUCCUGCAAAGCGACACGCCGAUUGCGCGUAGACACCUGUCACGACUGUGGUCCGUAAACAAUCCGCCGAUCGGUGCCAAACAACCGCAGUGCGUCCGCCGAUUGAACAGUGUUGGCCCCCCGUUCGUGACAUGCCCUUGUGCCUCAGCCGCCGUCGUUGAUUGCGUUGCGUCGAAGGAAGUCCAGCGGUGCGAUUCGAGGAGGACAGUUUCGUUGGUGAAAUCGGUGCCCGCAUCCGAUAUGGAUAUGACACACUAUUCCUGGGACGAUCUCGCCAACAACCAGCGCGUCAAGUACGAGAGUAAUGGCAACGAUGACCCAAACAGAUUAAAGGAUGACAGAAGUUUAUAUGCCUGCUGCGAUGGGAAUCUGAACUUCCAAACUGCGCCUUGCAGCGAGGACGAUUGCGAGUAUGGCGGUUUUAAAAAGAACAAAGUGCCACGACAAGAUCCGAUGUCGCAUCGUAUAAUCGAGAAAAGGAGACGUGACCGGAUGAACAAUUGCUUGGCGGACUUAUCCAGACUCAUACCCACCGAAUACCUGAAAAAAGGCAGAGGCAGAAUCGAAAAGACCGAGAUCAUAGAAAUGGCCAUAAAACAUAUGAAAUAUUUACAGCAGGAACAGUCGAAUCCCACGGAACAUUACAGGUUGGGCUAUCAGGAGUGCAUGUCGGAGACGAUGCGUUUCAUGGUGGAGGUCGAGGGACACUUCCCCAGGGAUGCGAUCUGCGUGCGACUACUCUCCCACCUCACCAAACACUGCGAGCUAAUCUCGAGAGCCCCCCAUAUUCCCCAACAGACACCCAGCCCUACUCACGUACCCGUCCACCAUCCCCAAGAACUGACCAGGAACGUGUCGGUGCCCCAGGACUACCAAGUUCCCAAACAGGAGUCCGAAUCGCCCGAACAGAACAACAACAACGGGUGCGUGACCAAUUCGUGCAACAACUCCGAGUCGGAGCACGAGAAGCACCACGAAACCAAUGGCGCCCUGUACAAGUACAAGACGAACAUCAAACUCAGGUUCAACCAGGAUUUGAACGGUGGACAAGAGGUGCCCACCAAGAAACCCAAGCUGGAGAGCAGCAGAAGGAAUUCCGUUACCAGUUUAGAGAACCACAGUUCGAGUCACAGCUCACCCCCAAGCAGCGAGGUGUGCACGAGAAUCUCUGACGGCGAAACCGUCCACAGAAGAUCGCCCACAGACAGCACCGCCUCCGCCACCAACAUGCGAAUAGAACAGCCCCACAGGAUAGAUGUGAUACAGAGAUACUCGCCGACGAUAAAAUCCCCGCCCCAGAACAACUUCAGCGUACCCAUAUUCGCCCUGCACUCCAAAGGAUCCUACUAUGUGCCACUGACGGUCGAUUACAAGGCUCUGGUGCCCUACCUGCAGAACUUCAACGUGCUGGAUGUGGGGGGGCCCGUGCACAACGUGGUGCUGCAUCCCGUCACCAUUAGCGUGAACUUCCAACCGAACUACGACGGAAAGUACAAGAUGGAAUGGCAUUAAGUUAAACGGGUUUAGUGGGGAUUGAACAAGCCCAUAUUGGGUGCCAUAUUACCUCGGAAUACACACAGUAUGAUUUAGGUACGUUCGCAUAACAUCCAGACUCGUGUCCGAGUUUGUUGUGCGAUAUUGCAAGUUCUUACACAAGCAUUAACUCGCUUAAGAAAGCUGUUCAAGCCGCUGCGUUAGUCAAACAGAUGAACUUUAACAGGCUGUGAUGGUCAGGGGAACUUUAAGACUGAUAAAAAAUAUAGUCUGUACAUUGUGGUUAGAUUUUUAAUUUUUCUUUUUCGUUUCGAUGUUCGGUGGUUGAGCAAAUCUAUAUAUACUUAUAUUUUUUGUGUACAUCUUAAGGAAAAACUAAUAAAGAAACUCUGAACCAAUUUGUUAUUUACAUGUUAAGGAUAACAGUGAUACAGAAGAAUUUCUUUUUAUUUUUUGAAGAGGAAUAUUUACGCAUACUUCGGUGAGAAACUCUUACGUCUUAAGGCGUGAGAAUUGGAAAUUGAGGACUUGAUGGCUGUAAAAUUUUUGAAUAAUAUUAAAAUUAUAUAGAUAUAAAUUUAUUUAUACAUAUAGAUAUAUUAUAUAAGGUUACUAAGUACCUAUUAUAGAGAUGUAGGUGCAAUACUCAAAUUGUACCAUCAUGUUGAAUUGUUAUACUAUUUUUUACACCUCCUCUCUAUAUUUCAUUUAUAUAAAAUUCGUAUUUUAACUGUAUUAAUGUCUUUUAUUUAAUUUGUUUUACUUUGUACAAAAACCAACUGCUUUAAUACCAUAAUAAUGCAUACAUUGUAAUAAUUUUUAUAAUAAAACAAUUAUUGUACAAUUCA